AUGACCGCAACCAUGGCCCUACGGAACAAAGCCGGCGUCUUCGUCGGCGCUGCUUUGUUGCGACUCUUACUGUUCACCGCAUUUCCGCGCCUGCCGGACCUCUUGACGGGCCGCGUCGAGAUCUCGACCCCCGUCACCAGCUUUAAACGACUGCAAGAAGGCCUGUUUCUAUAUAACCACAAUGUCGAUCCUUACGAUGGCGGCGUGUUCCACCAGCCGCCCCUGCUGCUCCCCCUCUUUUCGCUGCUGCCCGAUGUCAGAAAGUGGCCCGUCUUCACAGCCAUUCUAUAUAUACUCGUCGACCUGCUGAGUGCCAGCGCUCUCUCUACGAUCGCAGACUCGGGCGAGGCCUGGCAAACGAAACUCUAUACCUCGCCGCGACGCGCCAAGACGACCUCGGGCGUGUUCAUUGCCGCGGCCUUCUUAUUUAACCCGCUUACUAUCGCUACCUGCCUCGGCCGCUCGACCAGCGUUUUUACAACAUGCGCCGUUCUCCAUGCCAUCGCCAAGGCCCUCUCCGGCUCGCCCUUGAACGCCAUGGUCGCCUUGGCCUUUUCGUCGUAUCUAUCGAUGUACCCGAUCCUGCUUCUCCCGCCCCUCAUGGUGCUCGCAUACGAUCGCCAAUCCGCUAAACGCGCCAUUACCAGCGCACCGGCCUUUACCGCUACCUGCUUCGGCGUUGUGGCCCUGAUUCUCACAUUGCUGUUCGGCAUGUCGUUUGCGCUUACGGGCAACUCCUGGACCUUUUUCGCGCGCACGUACGGCAUCCAGCUGACCCUCUCGGAUCUGACGCCCAAUGUCGGUCUGUGGUGGUACUUCUUCAUCGAAAUCUUCGACCCCUUCCGCGCCUUCUUCCUCGGCGUAUUUUGGCUGCAUCUUGGCGCUUACGUUGGCGGCCUUUCGAUACGACUGCGCAAGCAGCCUCUCGCCGCUCUCUCGGUGCUUGUGGGCAUCUUUGCCAUCUUUAAGCCAUAUCCCUCAAUUGCAGACACGGCACUGUUCCUCGGCAUGCUACCGCUAUACCGACAUCUGUUCCCGCUGAUGCGCUACAGCUUCGUCGCUUCAUCGACAGUGCUGUACUCGUCGUUUUUGGGCCCCGCGUUCUACCACUUGUGGAUAUACGCUGGAAGCGGCAACGCCAAUUUCUUCUACGCCAUUACCCUGGUUUGGAGCCUCGGCCAGAGCUUACUCGUCAGCGACUUGGCUUUUGCGGUGCUGAGAGACGAGCUGGAUAUCGAGAGACCUGAUUUGAUUGGCAAGGAGAUAAAGCAACUGUAG